AUGGAUGGCAGUCACUGCAAAGUUAUUGCUCCUCUCCUGACUCAGAGACGCCGGAGGAUGGUUACCAAGGAUGGGCACAGCACGCUUCAAAUGGAUGGCGCGCAAACAGGUCUUGCGUAUCUUCGAGACGCCUGGGGAACCCUAAUGGACAUGCGCUGGCGCUGGAUGAUGCUGGUCUUCGCCGCCUCUUUUGUCAUCCACUGGCUUGUCUUUGCAGUGCUCUGGUAUGUUCUAGCUGAGAUGAAUGGUGACCUGGGACUAGAUCAUGACGCCCCACCUGAAAACCACACUAUCUGUGUCAAGUACAUCACCAGUUUCGCAGCGGCAUUCUCCUUCUCCCUGGAGACACAGCUCACCAUUGGUUACGGCACCAUGUUCCCCAGCGGCGACUGUCCGAGUGCAAUUGCACUGCUUGCCAUACAAAUGCUCCUGGGCCUCAUGCUAGAGGCUUUUAUCACAGGUGCCUUUGUGGCGAAGAUUGCCCGGCCAAAAAAUCGAGCUUUCUCAAUUCGCUUUACUGACUUAGCAGUAGUAGCUCACAUAGAUGGCAAACCUAAUCUCAUUUUCCAAGUGGCCAACACUCGACCUAGCCCUCUAACCAAUGUUCGGGUCUCAGCUAUACUCUAUCAGGAACAAGAAAACGGCAAACUCUACCAGACCAGUGUGGACUUCCACCUUGACGGCAUCAGUUCUGAGGAGUGUCCAUUCUUUAUCUUUCCACUCACCUACUACCACUCUAUUACACCAUCAAGUCCUCUGGCUACUCUGCUCCAGCAUGAAAAUCCUCCCCACUUUGAACUAGUCGUGUUCCUUUCAGCAACGCAGGAAGGCACUGGAGAAACGUGCCAGAGGAGGACAUCCUACCUGCCCUCCGAGAUCAUGUUACGUCACUGUUUUGCAUCUCUGUUGACCCGAGGCUCCAAGGGGGACUAUCAAAUCAAGAUGGAGAAUUCUGACAAGACUAUUCCUGAAUUUCAAACUCCUCUGGUCUCCAAGAGCCCAAACAGGACUGACCUGGACAUCCACAUCAAUGGACAAAGCAUUGACAGUUUUCAGAUCUCUGAAACAGGGCUGAUAGAGUAAGAAGUAUCUAUUUUAGCACCCUAUUUUCUAAUGUAUUAAAUACACUCAGCCAGUUAUACAGCUAUUUUUGCUUCAUCGUAUCUCAUGUUUUCUUUCUCCAAUGCUGAUUACAUUUUUCUGACUCCAUCAUGAUGAUCAAGCCUCCACCCAUAAAAAAUGGCUGAGCUAACAAUACACGUUGCGGAAAAAUAACAUUAUACAAAAUUUCUCUUGGUGGUUAUCUGCUGAAAUCAAUGCAUCUGAAAGUAACAGAUAUGUAUAACAACAGAAAUGCUGUUGGUGAGUUUGUAUGAAUGUGGUAUGAUACCAGUAAUGAAGAUAAAAUGGACACACUUUACACAGCUGAACUCUAGGUAAAUCAGUCAUAAAUUUCUCAUUUUCAUCUGCAAGUGGGAGCAAAAGUCUAGUUUCAAACCUAUCUCCCUGGGUAGAAUGAUGAUUUCACAAUAGUGAACAUCCUUUUAAAAUUGCUACUUUCUUCAAGACAACAAAGAUCAUUCCUUUGGUUCCUUAUAAAAUCAAACUGUUGGGUAAAUAUUACCCUCUUAAUUUUUAACAGCUAAGAACAAAAAUUCACAAGAAAACACCAAAAAAAUAGAUUUAACUACAACUGUAAAAGCAUUUGGGCAUGACACUCAAAACACACUCACAUAUUCAUAUAUUUGUGGCAGAAAGUGAUCAGAGCAAGUAAAACAAGAACUAGCCUGAUGGAAACUGCAGGGUAGUAUUGGGCAAAGAGAUGCAAAAUUUUAUCUACUUUAAAGCUAUUAUGCACAUUAAUCAAACAGUGAUUUAAAAAUUACAACUAUUCACCUGAAUGACUUCCGACCAAAGUAAAAACCUUCCCUUUCUACUUAGGAUCCAUUCAAUGGUAUAAAAACCUCAUAGAUGCAAAUAUAUUUAUGCUUUUGUAGAUAUAAAGGUUUAGAUAUAAUUUAACUCCAGGGGAAAAACUAUCAUUAGAAAAAGCAAAAAAUAAUUAGGCAAUGAAGCAUUUUCAAAACCAAGUUCCUGUUUCAAACUUCAAACAGGUUUUUCUAUAAACACAAAAUGAGUGUUUAUUCACUAGUAGGAGGUUGGACUAGAUAAAAUUAUUAUUUCUUUCCAAAUCUAAUACUCCAUGAAAAUUAUGCUUUCUCUGCUGUUUUCAUUUUACAUAUACUAAGAUGAACCCUUUCCCUUACCUGUGGUUUAACUUAGACUAUCCUUUGUAUAUGUGUCAUUUCCAUUAAAAAAAAAAAAAAAAAAGAACCAUCCUAUCAGAUUUCAAACAGAUUUGUUGCUGCUCUUCUGAAAUCUCCCUUAUCCAGUCCUAUGCAGGCAAAGGGAAAGAUGAGCCCUCCCCACUGGUGAUGACCCACACAGGAAUCAUUUCUUCAAGUAAAUACUAGCCAGUAAAGGCAAGCAGUUGUGAAAAGCAGGGCACAGCAGCAAGUCACAUUUUCCUAUUCUUUGACCAAAAGGAAAGAAAAUAAAGAACCCUGGAGUGGUCUAAGACUGAUAAUAGCAAAGUAUAUCAAGGACACGGAAACUUAAUUAUUGAGAACUUUUGUGGUUUAAAAAUCUUAGGCAUUCUUAAGUAUUAAUUAGACAGAUUUUUUUUUUUUUUCCUAACCCAAGAUUGCUGUUACACAGAUAAGACAGCAGGAAUUCUUAUUUCUAUAAUAAAGUUAACAAAAUUCACCUAACCUGUGAAAAUAAAGUAGUACUGAAGA